AUGUAUAUGAAUUCGGACUGUGAGACCUACACCAGGUAUAACUCAUACGCAUGCUCUGUUUACUCUUAUCUUAUUCCCCGCGUAAUCCCCUACAUUAAGGAACGUGAUAAUAUAUUGGAUCUCGGUUGCGGAGAAGGUAAAUCCACCAAUUUACUUUACAAAACUUUAUUGACGACCCAUAAAGAAAACGAAUUCGAAGGAAACGUUUUAGGGAUUGAUCUGCUCUCACCAAUGAUUGAAUAUGCUAAGGAACAUUAUUCAUCUGCCAAUGAAAGAUCAUUGAAAUUUUCUAAUAUAGAUAUUUCUAGCGAAGAUGCGGUGAAGACUAUAUUCAAUGCCGUUAAAGGUGAAUUUAUAGAUUGCGUUGUGUCUUCGCUGUGUUUUCAUUGGAUCGAAGAUCAAACGAAGGCCCUCGCUAAUCUACUCAAAGUUAUCAAUCCGAAAGUAGGCUCUAUUAAAAUGAUAUAUGGCGAUAGAGUUGCCGACAAUUUGGUUUACGCAACCGAAAGAGUCUUAAAUAAUCAAGAAUUGAGUCCGUAUUUAAAAAAAUUUAAGGAGCUCCACGAAAAUUUGUUAUUGCCAUGGAGGCGUGCUUGGAUGCUGGAGUCGGACCCUAUAAGCUCUUACAAGAAAAUAAUGGUCGAUUUGGGCUACGACAAAGAUAAAAUAAAGAUCGAACAGUUAGAUGAGAUCAAUUACUCGAUAAAGCCUUCCCAGGAAGCGGCUACAAAUUAUCUCCGGGGAUUUUUUCCAGAUGUGUUAGCCGAAAUAGACAAAGCGGGAUUAAGGGAACAAUUUUUUAAGCAGUUUGCCGAAAAUGUGUUUGACUAUAACCAGAAACAUUACGGUGAUAAAUUGAAGUUCUAUUAUCCCUUGAUGUAUGUUCGUUAUAAUUAA